AAUUCAGAGGAUGCCGAGAUCAAGAAGGCGUAAGUUGGGGUUGGAGUGAGGCUUUCGGGGUGUGUGGAGAAAGCCCCACCUUUAUCUCUUCCAAACUGAGCUUUCUUGCACAGCUUAAGGCAGGCAAGGUACCGGAAACUGGCCCUUAAGAACCACCCUCUCAAGUCCGGUGAGCCUUCCUCAGCAGAGACAUUCAGGCAAAUAGCAGAGGCCUACGAUGUGCUGAGUGACCCCCAGCAGCUAUCUUAGUUGCCAAGGCCGGCCCCCUCCUCAAGGUGACACAUAUCCACAGCUGUGAAGAGAGGCAUCUAUGACAAGUUUGGAGAAGAGGGCCUCAAGGGCGGAAUUCCUUUGGAAUAUGGAUCCCAGACCCCUUGGACAACUGGUUACGUCUUCCACGGCAACCCUGAAAAGGUUUUCCAUGAGUUCUUCGGAGGAGACAACCCCUUUGGUGGUAAGAGGCCCAGCCUACCCGUUUGCCUUACUGGGAAAGGACAGAGCUAUAAAAGAGUUUUUUGAUGCAGAAGAAAGUGAGAUAGAUUUGAACUUUGGGGGGCUCCGGGGCCGAGGAGUCAAAAAACAGGACCCCCCAAUUGAACGAGACCUCUACCUAUCCCUGGAAGACUUAUUCUUUGGUUGCACCAAGAAAAUUAAGAUCUCCCGAAGGGUGCUGAAUGAGGAUGGGUACUCCUCUACUAUCAAGGACAAGAUUCUUACCAUUGAUGUGAAACCUGGUUGGAGGCAGGGCACACGGAUCACCUUUGAGAAGGAAGGGGACCAGACCAGUAGAGGCAGGAACUUGGCCAAUGGCACACAGCCAAUUAGCACUUGUCAACCCUUGGACUCUUCUGCCCAGGGCCCCAAUAUUAUCCCAGCCGACAUCAUCUUCAUCGUAAAGGAGAAGUUACACCCUCGCUUUCGCAGGGAGAACGACAACCUCCUUUUUGUGAACCCCAUUCCCUUGGGCAAGGCUCUAACCUGCUGCACCGUGGAAGUAAAGACACUAGAUGAUCGUCUGCUCAAUAUCCCCAUCAAUGACAUUGUCCAUCCCAAGUAUUUCAAGAAGGUGCCAGGUGAGGGGAUGCCACUACCUGAGGACCCCACGAAGAAGGGGGAUCUCUUCAUUUUCUUCGACAUCCAGUUCCCUACCCGCCUCACACCCCAGAAGAAGCAGAUGCUGCGCCAGGCAUUGCUGACAUAACUCUGGUGGCUGGGGGCUGGAGCUGGGGAGAAGGCUAGCUGAGCCUUAUCUCAUUCCUGCCUCAGGAUGUGCAGGGGAGCCAGCCCACUGCACAAAUGUGAGGAUGGGAUGGCAUGGGACUUUUAAACUGACACAAUAAAGAUUUAUUUCCUAUCCUC